GCCGGGGCGCGGGCGGACGCGCGUCCCGGGCCGGGUGGCGGCGGCUGCGGCGGCCGCAGUCCUGCCAAGCCAUGCCGGCCGCGCGCGUGGAGUAUAUCGCACCCUGGUGGGUCGUGUGGCUGCACAGCGUCCCACACCUCGGCCUGCGCCUGCAGCCGGUGGACAGCACGUUCAAGCCCCGCGAUGAGCGUUACCAGGAGUCUCUGCUGUUCCUGGGGCUGGUGGCCGCUGUCUGCCUAGGCCUGAACCUCAUCUUCCUCGCGGCUUACCUGGCCUGCGUGUGCUGCUGCAGGCGGGACGAUGCCACACAGAGCAAGCGGCGCAGCUCCUGCUGUGUCACCUGGACGGCUGUGGUGGCCGGGCUCAUCUGCUGUGCUGCAGUGGGCGUUGGUUUCUAUGGAAACAGUGAGACCAACGACGGCGUGUACCAGCUGCUCUACUCCUUGGACAACGCGAACCACACCUUCUCCGGGGUGGAUGUGCUGGUGUCCGGAACCACCCAGAAGAUGAAGGUGGACCUGGAGCAGCACGUGGCCCGGCUCAGCGAGAUCUUUGCUGCCCGGGGAGAUUAUAUCCAGACCCUGAAAUUCAUACAGCAGAUGGCGGGCAACAUCCUUGUCCAGCUGUCAGGGCUGCCCGCGUGGAGGGAAGUCACGGUGCGGCUGACCGAGCUGGCUGAGCAGACUGGCUACGUGGAGCACUACAGGUGGCUUUCCUACCUCCUGCUCUUCAUCCUGGACCUGGUCAUCUGCUUCAUUGCCUGCCUGGGGCUGGCCAAACACUCCAGGUGUCUCCUGGCCUUGAUGCUGUGCUGUGGGGUGCCGGCCCUGCUCCUCAGCUGGACGUCCCUGGCUGCUGACGCAGCUGCAGCAGUGGGCACCAGUGACUUCUGCGUGGCUCCAGACACCUUCAUCCUGAACGUCACACAGGGCCAGGUCCACACAGAGGUGACCCGUUACUACCUGUACUGCACUCAGAGUGGGAACAGCCCCUUCCAGCAGGCACUGACCAUCUUCCAGCGCUCGCUGACCACCAUGCAGAUCCAGGUUGCAGGCCUGCUGCAGUUUGCUGUGGCCCUCUUCCCCACGGCAGAGAAAGAUCUGCUCGGAAUCCAGCUCCUGUUGAACUCCUCAGAGUCCAGCCUCCACCAGCUGACAGCCAUGUUGGAUUGCCGAGGGCUGCACAAGGACUACCUGGACGCCCUCACUGGCAUCUGCUACGAUGGCAUUGAGGGCUUACUCUACCUCGGCCUCUUCUCCCUCCUGGCCACCCUGGCCUUCUCCACCAUGAUCUGUGUGGGGCCACAGGCCUGGAAGCACUUUACCACCAGGGACAGGGAUUACGAUGACAUCGACGAUGAGGACCCCUUCAACCCCCAGGCCCGGCGCAUCGCUGCCCACAACCCGCCUCGGGGGCAGCUUCGCAGCUUCUGCAGCUACAGCAGUGGCCUGGGCAGCCAGACCAGCCUGCAGCCCCCGGCCCAGACCGUCUCCAAUGCCCCCGUCUCGGAGUACAUGAACCAGGCCGUGCUCUUCGGUGGGAACCCGCGCUAUGAGAACGUGCCACUCAUCGGAAGAGGCUCCCCUCCCCCCACGAUAUUGUGUCUUUGGCAAACGGAAGGUUUGAGGCGACUGUGCGUUGAUACUCCCCCAGCAUGAGGGCCACCUACCUGUCCGUGGCGGAUGAGCACCUGAGGCACUAUGGGAAUGAGUUUCCAGCCUAACACACCUUCAGGGUUCCGGUCACCUCAAUCUGUUUGGUUUUUAAUUACUGCAAAUACAAGCCCCGUUUCUUUAAUAGAAACCAAAGGCCUCUGGAGACUGCGUGCAGGGCCGUGAGAUUGGCAGGCAGAGGAGUGGCCGAGAUUCAGGGAGAAUCAGCCUGGGGUUGGUGCGGUUCCCGACCAAAGGCCCAGGCGGACAGGAGACUCAUGACGUGGGCCAGCCUCUCCCUCUUCUGGCCUCCUCUCCACACCAGAAAUGCCCCCCAGGUGGUUGGCCAUCACUAAAUGGGAGCCUGAUUCAGCUCACCCCUACAUUCCACCCUCGCCAGGUGGGAGGUGGCAGUGAGGAGGGGCCGGGUCAGGCGCCACCAUCCUGGUGUAUGUUCUCCAGGUCCCCAUUGCCAGGACUGUGCCUCCUGUUAGCAUGGCCAGAAGCCCAGUGACCUCUCUCUCUCAGUCACUCUCUCCUCCUGGCUGCACAGAUGGGCAGCAUGUCCCUGCAGGUCAAGGUGGAAGGGCUGAGAGGAAGAUGCUUUUAAGGGAAGCGAUGUCACUGAUCCCCAGCUGGGCACAGAGGGAAGGCGGCAAAGAGCUCUGCAGCAGGUGACUGGGGGCUGCAGAGCAGGGGGACCGCAAGCUCAUGCCUUCCACGGUGGGCUUCCACGGUGGGACCCCAUGGGAAUGUGGGUGACAGCCUGCCAUGUUCUGCCUUUCUGCCACCCUCCGUUGCCUCAGCUCCACUGCAGAAUCGGUACUGUGAGUUUGUUCACCACACAAAGGAGAAGUCUCAGGUAUUAGCAGACACUUUGAAAGCAACUUUAAACUCCUUUUUUUCCCAAUGUUUUAAAUAUUUUGAUUAUGCAAAGAAUUAAAACUCCUAGAACAUCCAGGUCUUACAAUAGAUUGGGGGCUUAUCCCUUCCACCUGGUUUGCAAACCAUUGCUUUAGCAAAUUUUGCUAGCACCCAGCCAGUUCUUUAAGAUCUAUGGGGGGGGGGGGGGUUUAAACAAAAUAAAGAUCAGUGAGACAUCCUGUCUCAAGCUGCUCUUUGACGGGGAUAUGGGUUCAUCCCACUCAGGGAGGGAGGCCCUUUUAGACAGGAAAGAACUAAGAGAAAACUGAGCCGAGUGCCCUGGUCCAGGGACUGCCCAAGUCAACUGUCCCCUCCCUUUAUCUUUAGAUAAGUUUGUUAUAAAAAGUUUUAGCAAAGUGGGACAAUUGUGUCUUGACCUGAAGUCAGGCCUCCUCUCCACCUCGCUACACCCUGUGCCCACCUGUGAUCCUAGGCCCCCAAGCUGUACCUGGAAGGUGAAAAGAGUAUUGACCAGGAGGAAAUAAUGACCUACCAUCCUACCCACUGAGGGUCCAGGAUGAGGGUAUUUGGUGCUUCCAACCUCCUGCCAACUCAGAGUGUGCAAUACUGAUGACCCCACAGCCUUGCACACCAAAGCCAGGGACACGGGGUGGUAUGGCUUGGGACAAAGACUCCAUUUCCGUUUUGGAAGCGCCACCUUCUUGUCAAAACACUGACAGCAGAGUGGCUCUCAGACCCCAGCCGAGCCUCCAGGACAGAAUGGGGCCCACUGGGCAGCCAGGGCUCUCACCUGCAUUAACCUAUACAUACCAUGUACCGCAAGCACACCUAUGGCCAAGCCGCAUACAGAGAGGAACUCUGCAAUGUCAAGAUGUUGCUUCUUAAUGUGUCAUUGGUGACUAGAGAGUUGUUUUUAAUGCAUGUAAACUAAAGUAGAAUCCCUUGGGUUCCUGAAGGAGCCAGGUGGGCACACCUCUGUGCCCUUGCCUGGGGAGAAAUAAACCACUUGUACUAAAACGUG